UCCUGAACGAGCUGGAAAAGGCUCAAUGUUGGUCGUGCUAUGACAGCGUCUCUGCUCCUCCAUUCCCGCUGGAUCGAGCCGGUGAUGUUUCUCUGUGACAGCGGCUGCUCAGACGACGUGAGCAAGAACAUGGAGGGAUUCGUGGGAGGCAAUUUCUCCGCCAACCAGUGCCGGAAUCUCGUGGCCCACCCGACUUCUCUUGCUCCUGGUGCGCCCUAUGGAUCGAGUGAAGUGCCCGUAACUGGAGUGACGGAACCUGUCAAACAGUGCAACCCGUGCUCGGCCGCGCAGAAUUCCCCCGGUGCUGCUUCUUUGCCCUAUGGAUAUUUCGGUAGUGGCUAUUAUCCGUGCCGAGUAUCUCAUCACAGCGCAGUGAAGUCCUGUGCGCAGCCUGCCGCUUACGCAGACAAGUACAUGGAGACGUCUGUCUCCGGAGAGGAGUUCUCGUCUCGAGCUAAGGAGUUCACUUUCUAUCAAGGCUACUCGUCCGGACCUUACCAACCCGUCCCAAGUUAUCUGGACGUGCCAGUCGUGCCUGCUCUAAGCUCUGCUCCGGAACCAAGACACGAAUCAAUUUUGCCUGUGGAAACAUACCACCAGCCUUGGGCCAUCACGAACAGCUGGAACAGCCCUGUGUACUGCCCAAAGGAGCAGACCCAGUCCAGCCAUCUGUGGAAGUCGUCUCUUCAAGACAAUGUGUCAGGAAGUGAUGGCGCUUCCAUUCGCCGAGGGAGAAAGAAGCGCGUCCCCUAUACCAAAGUCCAGCUGAAAGAACUGGAGCGCGAAUAUGCGGCCAAUAAGUUCAUCACGAAGGAUAAACGGAGACGGAUAUCUGCUCACACAAACCUGACCGAGCGCCAGGUCACCAUCUGGUUUCAGAACAGAAGGGUAAAGGAGAAGAAGGUGGUCAACAAAUUCAAGAGCAUCACUUAAGGGGCUACAGAAUUUGAGACGGACAGAGAAAUGGAGCCACUUCGUUAUUUAUUAUUGUGUUCCUCUGGGAGUGACUGUGCUGAGAGAAAAACGUUCUGCUUAAUAGCGUUCUGCUAAAAAGGCCAUAUAUGUUACACAAUGAUCGUGUUGAGGGGCGAAUAAACUGUCAAAAUAUUUGUAUGCCUAUACACUAUUUCUUUGUUUUUGUGGCAGUGAUAUCCGCCACGCAAACCCCGUUUCGUUACACCAUUGAGUUAAUUGUAAUUGCCCGGGAGAUAAAUACUGUAUCCAGGUUCAGUUAACUACAUUUAACCCAAUGUUGCAGGAACACGCUGUUGAGGGCUAUAGACCAGAGGUUCUCUGCUCCAGUCCUGGAGGUCCGGAGUCCAGCUCAGUUUUUGAUUUUAGACUCAAAGAUGCCUGAAUCAACUCAUAUCCAGUUCUGGAAUUGAUUUUCCCGGCUACAGACCCAGUACAUUACUAGUUUAUGUAAAUAAAUAAGCAUCGUCUUAGAUAUGUCUACAUGGUAUCUGUAAACAUUUAGAUAGAAAAUGUAAUUAUUCACAGUUUAUUCAAUGUUUGUACCCCGCUAGGUUUCUAGUCCAGUUUGUUUAUGUAGCAAGCUCCUAUUUGUUACUUCAAACAAUAUUUCAAUAAAACUCCAAAUUUUAAUAUUCCCAAUGAGGACUGAAAAAGGCUCAUCGCUAUACAUAGAAUGUUAUUACAUUGUAAAUAUGUUUGCCCGUAAUACAUAAGUAUAUUUGAAAUACAAGCAGAAAAAAAUAGAGAAAAAUCCAGCAUUUGUAUGACAACAUUAAGAACAUAAGAACAGAAAAAGAAAUGUCAUUUGAAUGAACACCACGAUGUUGCCAUCUAGUGGUAGACUUUAGUCAUUGCAUCUGUAGGUCACAGGGAGAAACAGGGAGCUUCUAGGGGUAAAAUGAAACGUAAAAUAAAAAAAAGGAAUUUGUGUGUUGUAUAAAUAAUGCAGAUAAUAUGAUAGGUGUAAUAUUAAGACAGGUGUACAAAAUAAAACGUUUUGAAUUAAGGUUAUUGCAGGUAUUACACACAAAAGUAAGAAUCAGGUAAGAAUCAGGACAAACGAGA